CGUCAGCUGGUUCGUAUGUGCAAGCGUCAAGAUAGACAUGGCGGCGCUGGUGCCUGGAAACCAGUAUGGGUUGUCAUCCCCCGUGAAUUUUGUGGAAAAUAAAGAAGUUAUUUUUGUGAAACUUACAGACUCAGCGUUUAGAGCAAUAGAAGACUACCUGAAGAAUAAAAAUAAGGCUACGCAGACGCCGACAAUUCAGUUCCUAGGAAAUGAUGGGCACCUAUCGUUCCCAACGUGCAGAGGAGAGGCUGCGAGGUUCAACUUCAGUUUAUCGUCCAAUCAGGACAUUGAGGGGCCGCAAGGAAGUUUCGAAUGCAUACAACAGACUGGUUCCAGGUGCCUGGAGAGCCUGGGGGCAGUUCACUGCCGGAUGCGGAUCAUGGCAAAGGAGGACGUGUACGAGACCACCGUGCACAGGAUGGCUGCGAUGGAGCAGCAGCACAAGCAGAACUGCGCCAGAGAGAUUGAGCUAGACAAGGCUGGAAUGGGGAGGAAGUACCGACGGAGUAAGCCCUCCGCAUCCAUACCACCCGCCCGCAACGGUCUGCCACACGCCCACACACACGCACCCGCCCCUUCUCACACCAAGCCGCAGGGCAACAACCAUGCCCAGAAGCCGGGCAACCCGGAUAUCAUGAGGAGGCCCAUCAGGGACCGACUAAUCCAUAUGUUAGCAGUAAGGCCUUACAAAAAGCCGGAACUGUACUCUGCAAUCAAUAGAGAGGGUGUCCGGGACCGAGACAAGACACACCUGAUGUCCACGUUAGCCAGCAUAGCUACAGUCAGGGAUAACACUUACCACUUGAUGCGGCACGUGUGGAACGACGUGCAAGAGGAUUGGCCCUUCUACACGGAGCAGGACCGGCAGAUGCUCAAGAGGCGGAAACCACAGAACCUGACGCCGCCGGGCAGCAGUGACGGGGGCAGCUCGGCGGGCAGCGGACAAUCCCCCUCCAGUGUCCACCCAGGCAGUCCACCGUCCGCCAUCGAGGGCCCACCACUCAAGCGGCCCGGUUACUACAACGGUGCUGAUGGUCUGCCCACCAAGCGCCAGAGGAUCGCCCACAACCGCAAACCUGAGGAGGUGUUUAGGAGGAACGAGAGUCCGGUUCCAGCGAAACCCAGUUUACCGGUGUCGCGGUUUGUCAACAACGUGAGCACGACCGGCUACCCGCUGACGUUACAGCGGCACGAAGAGCCCCAGCCCCCUCGCCAACCCCCGCCUGCCCCCUCACAGCCCGAACCGGUCACCAGUCCCGAGAAGGAACGGGAGAGGAGACCCCCUCAAGCCCCCAGCACACCUUUAUAUAAGUACUUGAUUGACUAUCCUCCAAUAAAGUCACCGGAGCAACGCCGCCGUUACAAGGAAGACUUCAACAACAACUACGACGAGUACCGGAAACUCCACACCAUCGUCGCCAAGGUCUCCGGCAAGUUCGCCCAGCUCGAGCAACGGCUGCUCAGUGAGGAAAAGGACAGCGAAGGCUGGAAGAGAAUAAAGAAUCAGAUCUUACAAGAAUACCAGGAGAGCAAAAAAGACAAACAGCACCACGACGCGAGGAAGAGGUUCCAGUAUCUCCACGACAAGUUGUCCCACAUCAAGAAGUUGGUCCUGGACUACGACGCCGCCCACUCCACGUAGCUGCAGGCCGCCCAUUCCACCCACUCGCCACCACAUAUAUUUUUGUAUUUAAUAUGGAACUCAUUUCUCCUGAAAUUUGUUUAGGUUUGUACGUACUACGACUUUGUUAGCUCAGUUGAUCAUUAUACUAUUAUUGUUAGUAAUAAGUUGUUAGCAAUAAAAUCGGUUUUAUUGCUUUUCCCCCCGCUACUUUGGAACAGUUACCAUCUGCGCGUUUUUCGGGAGGAAGUUUCUAGAUUUUUUUUAAUUUUCGGGAUGGUCCACACAACUCUUCAAGUGCCCAAAUCCGCCAGCUGCCUUAUUUGGGUUUGUCCGAUGUUCUAGUCCAGUUUUAUUUCGAGAUUUCACUUCGAGAUCGCCAGUGUCUAUUUUGCUUUAUCUCGUUUUAGGCGCAGUUCCAACUGCCGGUUUUAUCUCAUUUAUUUUUUCUGUUAAGUUUAAUUAAUCUCAGACUCUCUUUAUUGUGUUUUAAAAUUAAGCUAAUUUUAAUGAGUUUAAUUGCUUUAAAUAAUUGUUGUUUAAGCUCAAUUGAGAUUUUAUGCAAAAUAUGUUGAAUUUCAAAGCUUCUUACUGUUUGUCAAGAUAUUAUAUUGUAUAAUGGUAUA